UUCAACAGCAAUAACAUACGUUGUAUCCCCAAACAAAUUAGACAGAUGAGAUCCUCAACUAUUAAUGAAAGAGUAUGCCCUCUAGUUUAUUGCCUUUUCUUGUAUGUUCACCUACUUUCAUCACAAAACUACUUUCCACAUUUUGCUUCCGCUAGUUCAACUACCGAAGCAAACGCUCUUCUCGAAUGGAAAGCCAGCUUUCUAAAUCAAAACUCCCACAAUAACCAGCUCAAGGAUUGGAUUUACCUUCCCAAGACUAAUACCAAUGACACCAGUUCUUCCAGAAACCCCAAAGCAAAGGAGGCAAACCCAUGUAUUUGGGCUGGUAUUUCAUGCAAUGCUGCUGGAAGUGUCACCAACAUAACCAUUGCCAGUUUCGGUAUACAAGGUACGCUACAUGAAUUCUCAUUCUUGUCCUUCCCCAAUCUCGAAUAUCUUGAUAUCAGCGUCAAUAAUCUAUUUGAUGUCAUCCCACCUCAAAUCAGUUCCCUCUCAAAACUCCUUCAUCUUGACCUCUCUAAUAACCAGUUCUCCGGGAGAAUUCCACCAGAAAUUGGUCUUCAGAGAAAUCUUACAAUUCUCUAUCUCCACAAGAAUAAUAUUUCUGAUGUUAUUCCUCCUUCGUUAGGGAACCUGAAAUCGCUUGUGAAUCUAUCAAUGAGUUAUAAUCUACUCAAUGGUUCAAUUCCAGCGUCACUUGGGGAUCUCAUAAACAUUAACAGCCUCCACCUCAGCCAAAAUAACCUCCAUGGCAACAUUCCAAAAGAGUUAGGGAACUUGAAAUCUUUGGUGUAUCUAGCAUUAGACUACAAUCAACUCAGUGGUUCAAUUCCGACAACAUUGGGUGAUCUGACCAACCUUGACAGUCUUUAUCUAGAUUCAAAUAAUCUCUCAGGCACCAUUUCAAAAGAGUUAGGGAAUCUGAAAUAUUUGGUGAAUCUAGAUUUGAGCACCAAUCAACUCAGUGGUUCAAUUCCAAAGACAUUGGGUAAUCUGACCAACCUUACCAGUCUUAAUCUCUAUUUUAAUAAUCUUUCUAGCACCAUUCCAAAAGAGUUAGGGAACUUGAAAUCUUUGGUGUAUCUAGCAUUAGACUACAAUCAACUCAAUGGUUCAAUUCCGACAACAUUGGGUGAUCUGACCAACCUUGCUAGUCUUUAUCUAGAUUCAAAUAAUCUCUCAGGCACCAUUCCAAAAGAGUUAGGGAACUUGAAAUCUUUGGUGAUUCUAUGGUUGAGCAUCAAUCAACUCAGUGGUUCAAUUCCGACAACAUUGGGUGAUCUGACCAACCUUACCACUCUUUAUCUCCAUUCAAAUAACCUCUCUAGCACCAUUCCAAAAGAGUUAGGGAACCUGAAAUCUUUGGUGGAUCUAGAAUUGAGCAACAAUCAUCUCAGUGGUUCAAUUCCGACAACAUUGGGUGAUCUGACCGACCUUACUGCUCUCUAUCUCGGUUCAAAUAAUCUCUCUGGCACCAUUCCAAAAGAGUUAGGGAACCUGAAAUCUUUGGUGGAUCUAGAAUUGAGCAUCAAUCAUCUCAGUGGUUCAAUCCCAACAACAUUGGGAGAUCUGACCAAUCUUACCGCUCUUUAUUGCCAUUCAAAUCACCUCUCUGGCACCAUUCCAAAAGAGUUAGGGAACCUGAAAUCUUUGGUGGGUCUAGAAUUGAGCUUCAAUCAUCUCAGUGGUUCAAUUCCGACAACAUUGGGUGAUCUGACCAACCUUACUGCUCUCCAUCUCGGUUCAAAUAAUCUCUCUGGUACCAUUCCAAAAGAGUUAGGGAACCUGAAAUCUUUGGUGGAUCUAGAAUUGAGCAUCAAUCACCUCAGUGGUUUAAUUCCGACAACAUUGGGUGAUCUGACCGACCUUACUGCUCUCUAUCUCGGUUCAAAUAAUCUCUCUGGCGCCAUUCCAACAGAGUUAGGGAAUCUGAAAUAUUUGGUGGGUCUAGAUUUGUGCUACAAUCAACUCAAUGGUUCAAUUGUGUCAACAUUGGGUGAUCUGACCAACCUUGCCACUCUUUAUCUUUAUUCAAAUAACCUAUCUGGCACCAUUCCAAAAGAGUUAGGGAACCUGAAAUCUUUGGCAGAUCUUAAAUUGAGCAUCAAUCAACUUACUGGUUCUAUACCAGCUGAGAUUGGAAACGCAACCCAAAUUCAUGUGCUGGAUCUUUCAUCGAAUGGUUUAGUCGGGACAAUUCCAAAGGAGUUAGGGGGAUUAACUUCACUGGUGAAACUGAUGUUGGAUGGCAAUCAACUUUCAGGUUGUGUCCCUUUAGAGUUGAAAUCAUUAAUUGAUCUAGAAUAUCUUGAUCUAUCAGCAAAUAAAUUGAAUGAUUCAAUUCCAAGCUUGGUAGGUGACUUUCAUAAGUUACAUUACUUGAAUUUGAGCAACAACAUGUUCAGUCAAGCAAUUCCAUUUCAGUUGGGGAAGUUAUUUCAACUAUCCCAACUAGAUUUGAGUUUUAACGCACUUGAAGGUCAUAUAGCAUCAGAUGUAAGCAAAAUGCAGAGUCUAGAGAUACUUAAUAUAUCCCACAACAAUCUUUCUGGUUUCAUUCCAACAAGUAUGGAAGACAUGCAUGGGCUGACGUAUGUUGACAUAUCCUACAAUCACUUGGAAGGUCCACUUCCCAACAUCAAAGCAUUUCUAGCUGCUCCUCCAGAAGCAUUGCAAGGCAACAAGGGCUUGUGUGGCAACUCAAGUUUUUUGCAACUUUGCAAUAAUGAAAGCCCAAAAAAAGACCAUAAACUCAUACUUCUGAUGAUCUUCCUUGUUCUUGGAGCAAUUGCACUUCUAGCCUUUCUAUUUGCUUUUGUAGCAAAAAGGAAAAAGAAGCAUCAGCAUCUAGAAGAAAAAAACAGGGAUGACGAAAUUUCUUUUUCGAUAUUGAAGUUUGAUGGGAAGACGAUGUAUGAGGAAAUCAUAAGGGCAACAAAAGAUUUUGAUUCUAUGUAUUGCAUAGGGAAGGGAGAACAUGGAACUGUCUACAAAGCAACUUUGUCAAAUGCUAACACAGUAGCUGUGAAGAAACUCCAUCUGUUAUGCGCUGAUGACAAGAAUCUUCAAAAAGAAUUCUUGAAUGAAAUCAGGGCACUAACUGAGAUGCGACACCGAAAUAUUGUGAAGCUUUAUGGUUUUUGUUCACAUAGGUGUCACUCAUUUUUGGUGUAUGAGUAUCUUGAGAAGGGUAGUUUGGCCAGAGUGUUGAGCAAGGUUCAGGAAGCUAAAGAACUAGGGUGGAGUGAAAGGGUGAAUAUCGUGAAAGGUGUAGUUCUUGCCUUGUGUUACAUGCAUCAUGAUUGCUUGCCACCAAUUGUACAUAGGGAUAUAUCGAGCAAGAACAUUUUACUGGAUGCAGAGUAUGAGGCUUGCGUUUCAGACUUUGGCACUGCUAAGUUCUUAAACCCAAACUCAGCUAAUUGGACUGCCCUUGUAGGCACAUAUGGAUAUGUUGCACCAGAGCUUGCUUAUACAAUGGAAGUGAAUGAGAAGUGUGACGUUUAUAGCUUUGGAGUGUUGACAUUGGAAAUAAUUAUGGGAAGACAUCCUGGAGAUCUUCUGUCAUCUUUAUCAUCGUCCUCAUCAACUGCAUUACCUGCCAUUGAAAUGCCAAUUGUGGAUGUUUUAGACCAACGCAUAUCACUUCCCACUCGUCAAGUUACAGGGGAAGUGCUCUCUAUUGUGAAGAUAGCAUUUUCAUGCAUGAAUUCCAGUCCUCAAUCUCGUCCAACAAUGAAACAAGUUUCUCAACAAUUGGAAACUCAAAGGCUACAUUUGUCAAGGCCACUACAUAUGAUAACAUGUGGUGAAUUGCUUGCUCUCAAGGGUUUGAAUAUUUGAGAAACUGAAAGUCAGAGAGUAUGCUUCUUCCUACGUAUAUAUUUUAGUCUCUGCUAUCUUAUUUCCAGAAUAAAGAUUGUCUUAGAUGUUUCAUUUUUGUAAUUUAUUACAAAUAGGGAACUGAAGCUUCCAGAAUCGACGAUUCUCGAGCCAAUCAUGUUGGAUAACAGCGGAAGCGUAAAUAUUGAAAACUAAUUUUGGAUAGG